CGGAUGCGUUCGGUGGGGGGGGCUCUGGCGGGUGUGGUCGGUGUGGCACACGGCGACUGCAGCAUGGUGGUGGACGGCUCGUGUUUCCUGGAGCUGAAUGUGACCGCCUCCAAGAAUCAUUGCGGGCGAGAGCAGUGAGAGCAGCCCCAUCUCGGUCAACGGCCCCGCAGCCAACAUCAACCACUUUCUGACCAGGCUGCUGUACACCCCACCCCCAGACAUCACCGCCACCCAGACCGUCACCUUCACCCUCACACGCCGCCUCUCGCCCACCUCAUCUCUCGCCCCUUCCUCCACAUCCCAGCCCCUCACCGUCACCAUCACGACCCAAGACGACCUUCCAGCCAUCAGGUGGGCCGACGGCUCAGCCUUCCAGGGCUCAUACCGAGUCAUUGCCGGGCCGUCGCCGAAGGUGUUCUCCGACCUGGUUGUGUCGGACGUCGAUGGAGCGUCGGCUGUGGGCGGGGCGGCGCGGGCGUUGGUGCGGUGGGAGCUGACGGUGGACAAGGGGACGCUGGAGCUCGGGGACACAUCGGGGAUUCUGUACGAGGACGGCACUGCCAACGAUGCGAGUCGGGUGGUGGUCAGGGCCACAUCCAUCCAUCCAUUCGCUUUUUUCGUUCCGGGUACCUGCCUGCGUCCUGCCAGACUGCCUGCCUGUAUAUGUGUACGUAUUGCCUGGGUCUGCUGCAUCGAUCGAUUAAUCGCGUGCGUGAGUGAGGGCGUGUGUGUUGAGAGAGGGGGAGUUUUGUCGUGGGUGGGUCUGUCGUCGGCUUGUGUGGCGUCCGCCCUGUCUGUCACACGCACUGAGGUACGCACGCACACAGCACACAGCCCCCGGGACUCUAUGCACUUUCUGUCUGUCGUGUGGUGUGUGCAGGUUGCUUGGUUGCUUUGCUACGCCAGCCCUUUGCUCUACUCUACUCGGUAAGUCGCCGAGUCACCGCCACCAACAAACAGAUCGAGCCGUCAAUGUGGGUGAACAUUUCGCAGGUUCCACCCUGAUGACGCCCCCACUGCGUCUGCGUCAACUCUACUCCGUCAGCCUGCUACCGGAUCAGCUGGUACGGACCUUAACGCGCUCGCGACUAACGCGUGUAUGCGUCCGUGUGUCAUCCAUCGUGUUGUGUGUGCUCUCGCCCUCUUUCUGCAGAUCGAUUCGUUGUGACUGAUAUUGCUAUUGCCUACUGCACGGGCUCACCGACGCGCAACCACGUACAUCGCACGUACGCACCACCCACACACGAGACGCAGACACGACGGCACUGCACGCACCCUUUGGUUGAUGUGUUGUCCAACAGGCACAACGCCUAUGUCAAGACGGGCCAAUUGUGUGGGGGGAUACAAAGCGCCCCGGUUCGCCUCGCGGUCCUUUACUCUACCAAAAGGUAAGUAAUUACAUGCUGCAUCAUAGCAGUCGACCAUCCAUCCAUUCAUCCAUCCAUCUGUGUCGGUCCAUCAAUCAGAUGAUACACAUGGUCGGUCCAUAACGAAGCCAACCAGACCCUGGCGCCACUCACUAUCCCUCGAUCGCCCCAUCGGCCCGCCCGCGUGAGGUGCCCAGGAAGGCCGGCGUCAUCGAUCCACCCCCCGCACCGCAGUUGAAGCAGCAGAAGCUUGCCGCACCAAUUCCGUCUCUCGUCCCAGCUGCUGCUGCUGCUGCUGCCGCUGGCCAGGCACAGCCACCGGCACCGACCACCGGCAACGGUGACCGCAUCGGGCAGCGCAUUAUGGGAGGCGGAGGGGAUGUGGCCGACGAAUCGACUGCGCACGGGGCGGCCAUGGUCACCAAAGAGCUCGUGCCGAGGCGGGUUGAUAUGUGUAACCUUGAGAAGGUACGUGAGGGAGCACUGGACGCACCAAGCUGUGACCAACCGGUGUGUCUCAUGUGUGCGUGCCUUGGCAGGUGGGCCAUGUCAGUCGUCCGAGCCAGCCCACGAUGGGCGGGGGAAGGCCACUUCGGCCGUAUCCCGUCCAUCACCCGGGAUGGCUCAGGCGAUGUGUGUGGUGUGGGAGGGAGGCGUAGUCGCUUCGACAAUCGUCUCGCCCACCCACACACAACACACAUGCCCUCCCUGUGGCUGCCGACCAGCACUGUACCUCACUCUAGGACCAAGCCGUAAGCAACCCCCAAGCCCCAACCCCCCACACACGUGUGUGUCGCGUCCCAUGGCUUUCUGUCCAUCUCUGUGUUUUGUUCGCCAGUCCGCCACAUGCGCGAGUGCUCAUUGCCCGUCCCCGUGUGCUGGUCGUGGCCAAUCCGACGUAGUGUUAGGGUCAUUGGCCUUUCCCAAGCGGCCAUGUCACUCGCAAAUCGUAAGCACACGUGGAUGGAUGGAUGGAUGGAUGAGGAUCUGCACAUCUUCUAUGUGUGUGUGUCCAUGCAGAGAGACACCAAUCUCUGGCAUGACGCCCUGGCUUAGCACCGCUCAUUCUCACUCGACAAGCCGUCCCAGCCGCCACUUGGGAGAAUCUUCCUUGCAGACAGACAGCGUGCUGUUUGUCGGACGGACUGCAUCUGUGCGGGCGGACCGACAAGAACGCCCUUUGCUCACGACCAAACAGCACCCUGAUGCUG